AUGUCCAAUCACACUCAUCACAAGCAUUCAUUCCAUCUACCAGUUCGUAGACUAAGUAUUGCUAAAGAUGAACUUAACUUUGAAGAUGUUGAUCCUGGUACUAUUAGAAUAGAUUGUUCCGGAGCUUAUAUCGCUAAUGAUGAUCUAUUAAAGGAUAAUAAUAUGAUUAGUGACGCAAACAAUACGUCUUCUUCUGCAUCUCCAUCCUCAACAACUACUAAUUCUUCCUGUUCGUCAUCUUCAGAAGAAGAAGACACUGAUAUUGAUGACGGAACAAAGGAAUCGGUUGAAAUGAAGUCUAAUAUUAGGAGCAACAACAAUAUCACGUUACAACAUUCAAAUCAAUUAGCACAUAUCAAACCACCUCAACCCACCGAUGAAGAUGUUUCAAGCAAAAACAAUAUUAAUCUUCCUCAGCACAAUUCGGAAAUAAUUCAUAUGUCUAUAGAUAUAGGAGGAACACUUACAAAGUUAGUUUAUUUCUCCAGAUCUCCAACCUCACAACUAGAAGGUGGUGGAGGUGGAAAAUUACAUUUCCGUGAUUUCCAAACAACAAAUUUCAAACAAGAAGCGUUAAAAUUUAUAAUUAAAUUAGUUCAAAAAUCCUUUGAUGAUACAGAAAAUCCACCAAUUACAUAUAUUAUGGCAACUGGUGGAGGAGCUCAUAAAUUUUAUAAUUUAAUGACUAAAAAAUUUAAAAAAUAUAAAUUACCCAUGAAAAUUAUUGCUAAAGAUGAAAUGGAAUGUUUAAUUAGAGGAUUAGAUUGGUUAAUCACUAAAAUACCUAAUGAAAUAUUCACAUAUGAUUUAAUUGAUGAUAAAAUCAAAUUCAUUUCGAAUUCAUUAACUUCAAACGAAGAAAUAUAUCCUUAUUUGUUAGUCAAUAUUGGUAGUGGUGUAAGUAUGAUCAAAGUAACUGGACCUGGACCUGAAGAUUUUCAAAGAAUUGGUGGUAGUACUCUUGGAGGUGGGACAUUAUGGGGUUUAUUAUCUCUUUUAACCGAUGCUAAAGAUUAUAGUGAAAUGUUAGAAAUGGCAGAACGAGGAAAUAAUGAGAAUAUAGAUUUAUUAGUUGGGGAUAUAUAUGGUACCAAUUAUAAUAAAAUUGGACUUAAAGCUCAUAAUAUUGCUUCUUCAUUUGCAAAAGUAUUUAAAACAUUAAGAUUCAAUAAUAAACCAAUGACACCAGCUGAAAAAUUGGCACAAUUUAGACCAGAAGAUAUUGCAAGAUCUUUAUUAUUUUCUAUAUCUAAUAAUAUUGGUCAAAUUGCCUAUUUACAAGCAUUAAGAUUUGGAUUGAAACGAGUAUAUUUUGGUGGAAGUUAUAUAUCUGGUCAUAUGCAAACUAUUCACACAUUAAGUUAUGCAGUCAAUUUCUGGUCAAAGGGUGAUAUGCAAAGUUAUUUCUUAAGGCAUGAAGGUUAUUUGGGAAGUGUGGGAGCAUUUGUAAUGGGGCCUGCAGUAAAGAAAUCAUAA